AUGUCAACUAUGCAAUUGAACCCCGUGAGCGUGCGGGUGGACACCGAGGACGAUGAGCUGUCAGAGAUGUCAUUAUCCUUUGUUGAUUUUGAAUUUCCCAUUGAAAGGAUGAUACCCACACUGUUCCCGUAUCACGCUUCCGCAGGUGGAAGCCUUCCUCCUAGCUCUGGUUCUGUGACCACAGCAUCAAGGACAACCAUGAGUGGUAUUGGUGGGUGCAAAAGCGAUUCCAAGAGAGGAGAUGGGAGAGGUUCCCACAAGGCUCUUCCGGUGGUCCGGGAAGCCGAGCCGCUCGAUGGCUUGGCAAAGUUAGAGCAACAGAUGAAAGCAUGCGACAAUCAGCACCGGCGCCGGAUGGAAGAGCUCCAAAGACAACUUGAUCUUCUCAAGAAGCAAAAGGAGGACUCAAGCCUUCAAGUUCCUCAGGAGCUGGUUUUGCCGCAAGACUGGAGAAAGCAUCGCAGCUGGGAAGCAUUCCCUAUUCUAGAAGUGGACGAGAGCCAGUUGCACUGGCAGAUAAGUUUUCUGGCGACAAAUCCAUUUCCAUCCCGAACGAUAGGAAUCUGUCAUCAAUGGCACAAGGAGGCUUCAGAUUCUGAGGAGUUUUGCUCGAGCGUUUUGCUGAAUGGAGGGAUUGAGGCUCUCCUGGAUGCCAUGGCAGCCCAAAAGGAUGUUCCUGGGGUGCAGGAAGCUGCCUGCAAGGUUCUUGGAGUGUUGGUAUACAAUCGAGAAAGCCACAAAGAGUGGUUGGCAGAAUCGGAGGGACUUGCCGCCAUUCUGGGAGCCAUGCAUCUUCACCGCACUGACGUCGGCGUCCAGGAAGCCGCGUGUGGCGCUCUCCACAACUUUGUCUUUGGUCACGAGCCCAGUCAGCUGUUGGCGGCCCAAUCCGGAGCCAUCACUGCAGUUGUGAAUGCCAUGGAUGCCCAUCGUUCCAACCCUGGCGUUCAGGAACUUGGUUGUGCGGCUCUGGCAAACAUUGCUUGUCAUACCAAUCCUGACAUCCUCCGGUCGAUUGUCCACCAGGGUGGCUUGGGAACUGUUCUGUCUGCCAUGGAAGAACAUGUACAGGACGAUGGAGUACAAGAGUCGGCAUGUGCCGCGCUGAGUAAUUUGAUAUAUCAUGACUCUUCCCGUGAAGAGGUCAUGGCUGGCAUCCAGUACAAAGAGAUAUCAGCAGUUCUGGGCGCGAUGAAUCACCAUGCAUCCAAUGUGGGGGUACAGGGACAAGCGUGCAGGGCCGUUCUUGCCCUCGCCUACAAUCAUGACGGCAACAAGGUAUUUCUCGCCGAGAAUGGAGCCCUGGCAGCGGUUUGUCAGGCCUUGAAACGGCACCCUUCCGACCUUGAGCUGCAGCAGGCAGCUGUGGAUGCCCUUGCCGUUAUUGCCCGUGACAUUGACUUCCACAAGACCUUGAUUGCCGAAGCUGACGGCAUCAUGGCUAUUUUGGCUUCUCUGAGCAACAAGAGUCAUUCCGCUGAUCCAGGGCAUGUGCAAUGCUGCCUAAAGGCACUUGGUAUUCUUGCCUUACACCACCCAAACAAUCAACGACUCGUCGCGCUAUCGGGAGGCAUCCCCGCUGUCGUCGCAGCCAUGAACGACCAUGUGAAACAAUCAUGCGUGCAACUGCACGGCUGCCGUUUGCUAGAGCGCUUGACGGACUGUCCCGACAACAGGCUGGCCUUUACAAACUCGAGAGGCUUGGAUACGGUCAUCAAGGCGAGGCUGGACUUCCCCAACAAUCACACUCUGCACGAGGCUGGGUGUGGUGUGAUGCGAAACCUGAUGCCGCGAUAUGGUCAAAGCAUGAGAAAGGCGUUGAACAGAGCCGUGAUGGGCGAUGACUUUUGGCAGCAUAUGGAUGACAGUUGGACGCAGCCGAUCGGUGGCGGAAAGCCACCAGAAAAGGCUGACUGCACUUAUGGCUUUAUUCCCUCGUCUCGAUCCAUAGAUGUUAAAAAUCCACCAAGCAAGGCCCCUGAUGUAGUACCGGUACUAUCGGAGCACAUAAAUGGAGUGCCCGAUCGAGUGGACGCUGGUACUGGAGCUGUUGCUGUUUCGAAGGAAGCAUUGCCCGUGGUGAACGAUUUGGAUGCGCGUCUUGACGUCGACCUUCCAACCACUUUUCAAAGAAUUCCGCAGAAGAAAGAUUUUACCAAACCUGACAUCAACGGUACUCUCAUCACCAAUCUUGGGUGCAUACCGGUAUGCACGUCUCGAGUACACAGGUACAUGUAUGUACUGGUGGCUCCGAACUCCUCCACAAACAGUAACCGGGAAAAAUAUCCUAAUGCGCAAACUAAAUAA